UUCGUUUACAGGUCGAUCGUUUCAUACAAACUUAAGAGGGAAGUCAUCCUGACCAGUGCUCAGCGGACGGUAAUAAACCAGAAAGGAAGCAUGAACAACACCAGUUCCUAUGGUUUUGAGCACCUUUCGGAAUGUUCUUCCUCAGAUUCCACAAUACUUACAUCCACUAUUUCAAUUGUUAGUAUUGUGGCAUUCGUCGGCAACACCCUGGUGAUACUAACUUUUCUACAAAGCCCCACCCUAAAGACGAGCACUAACUAUUUUAUAGUCAACAUGGCGAUUUCUGAUCUUCUGUCAUCCUCCACAAAUUGGCCCCUCUAUGCAACUGAAGGAGUCCAAUACAGCAAACCUGCGAUAGACGGCUCAACGGCUGUCUUUGUUUGUAAACUGGGCUUUUAUUUCAGAACUGUGUCUCAGGCUGUCUCAGUUCAAAGCCUGUUACUAAUCGUUGUAGACAGAUACAUAGCUAUCGCGCUCCCGUUUAAGUCUAUUUUAGUCACAGCCCGACUCAGAGCUGCUCUCCAGUUAUUCACUUGGUUGUUUGCGCUGUCAAUAGCUUCACCAUGGGCAUCGUCAAGUCAAAUUAUUCAAGAAAAUCAUCAAACGUUUUGUCGG